AUGACUUUUAUGAAGGCCUACUCAGUCGUUGUACAGUUUGGCGACCAAGAGCAGCAUUCCUUCAAGCUCUACUCCUACUACAAACAGGUGAUCAGCGACUAUUGCAAGGAAGCCAUGGUUUCGCUCCAGCCCCUGGCGGGUGAGGCCCUUUCCCCUGGGCCUCGGAAAGAUGAAGGCAUUGGGAAGAGAGAAGUCUUGAUGUUGAGGACCUACUCAAUGCCCUGGCGCAGCUUUGGGACUCGUGGGAAGGGAAAAGAGCACGAUCCUGGUCUUUUGGAUGCAGAGGGUCUUUCAGCCGGGACCUUGGGCAAGGAGGUAAUGAUCUUGGCUUCGCAGAAGCAAUCCUUUCUAUUCUGCCUAGACUCGAAGUGUCUGGAGACUAUGGUGGCGCAAGUCAACCGAGAGCGCGAUGGCGCAGAGAUAGAUCAGGAUGUCAUGCGGCGCCUAGUCGAAAUGCUGUGCACGGUUGGAGACGCAGGUCCAAAAGUGGUCAAGCAGAAGGACGGCAUGGACAAGAAUGCUGCCGAUCGUCUUCUGUGGCAGUCACAGGCCCGCGGGGUGUACAAGGUAGAUUUCGAGAGCAAGCUGCUCACAACCAGCUCUGAGUACUACCGCUCGAAGGUGGCGGGUUGGACUGCUGCGUACUCGUGCCCUCAAUUCCUGCAAGAGAUUCAGCAACGGCUGGAUGAUGAGGAGAGUCGGCUGAGCCGAUAUCUCGACUCAACAUCCGAGAAGGAGCUGAAAACGGUGGUGCAGAAGGAGCUGAUUCUGAACACCGCCAAGGCUCUGGUGGAGAUGAGCACUGGUGCGCAGGCCAUGCUUAAAAACCGGCGGCACGACGAGUUGAAGCUCAUGUACAGAAUCUUCAAGCGCGAGCCCACCAUGCUGCCGCACAUCAUCACCGCCAUGGAGCCUUACAUUGAAGAGAGGGCGAAAGGAGUCGUUGAAGACCAGCAGAUGAUUGAUAGCCCUGCUGUGUACACCGAGAAGGUGCUGGAACUGAAGAAGGAGGUGGACGAGAUGGUGGCCUCAUGCUUCGAGGGCGACACUGGCUUCCAGAAAGGUCGCAACAGAGGCUUAGAGGCGGUCCUGAACAAGGACACCCGCUGUGCCAAGUAUCUCGCUCUCUUCUGCGACUUGCAGCUCAAGAAGGGCUUGAAGGGCAGGAACGAGGAAGAAGUGCAGACGUUGGUGAACCAAGUCGUGAGCCUCUUCGCGCAUCUGAAGGAUAAGGAUAUCUUCCUGGAUAUCUACAAGAGCGCCUUAUCCCGGCGCCUGCUGAACAAGCUUUCCAUCUCCCACGAUGCCGAGGACUGCUUCAUCACCAAGUUGAAGGUGGAGUGUGGCCAGCAAUCUAUUCAGAAGCUGGCCUCGAUGUUUACAGACAUGGCUCUCAGCGACCAGCUUCAGGACGAGUAUAUGAAGAAUACGCAUCGUGGCUCUCCUGGCGGCGUGGUGCAUGAGGUUCGUGUGCUGCAAACCAACGCUUGGCCCGAGAAGGCGGAUGAUGCUCCUAUCAUCCCGUGUGCGGAGAUGAACACCUGCAUUACGGCCUAUGAGGCCUUCUACCACGCCAAGCACAACGGCCGCAAGCUGAGGUGGAUUUACAAUAUGGGAAGUGUGGAGCUCAAGUGCCAUGGCCUGGCGCGUCCUCAUCUGCUGGUCGUCUCAGCCUACCAGUGCCUCUGUCUGGUGCUCUUUAAUCAGAGACAGCAGGUGACGCUUCGGGAGAUCUGUGAGGCGACCAAGCUUCCUGAAGACGAAUGCAAACGACAGGUGAAUGAUAAGUUCACGAACGAGAAGAUGAAGGUUGCAGUGAGCCUCAUCAAAAAAGAG